UCUUGGGACCCUGCCCCAGCCCGGACUUCACACCUGAAGAGACAGGUCUGCGAGGGAAGAGGCAAAGCCCGGGACUGCUGCGCCUUGCUUAGAGCCGACAGUGAUUGGCAAGAUCACACUUUCGCUAAGCUGUAGAGAAGCCCAAGUGGACCAGCUAAAGCCUAGAAAACAAGGAUGAAGAUUCCAGGUAUAAUGAAUAUAUUCUGAAUCCCAGGACAAUGGGACUGAGCCAGGGGGUUACAGGCCUGUUGUGCAAGUUGCUGUUGUGGUCCCAGCCCCGCCGGCUGAUUUCCUUCAGAAAGGUGCAGUCAGUUCCAGGGAACAGACCUUUUCUUGCAUGCUUCACCUAUACAACUGAUAGACAGUCAAACAAAGAAAACAGGAGAACAGUGGAAAAACUCUGUCAGUUUUCUGUUGAUAUUAGCAAAAUUCGUAGAGUAAAAGAAUGGGUACUUCUGGAAGAUAAAACCUAUGUCGAAGAAAUUGCCAGUAUUUUACAAAAACUAGGUGCCAGUGACACUGUGAUAGCCAGUAUUCUGGAACGCUGCCCAGAAGCAAUUAUCUGUAGUCCACCUGCCGUUGACACCCAGAGGAAACUCUGGCAACUGGUCUGCAAAAAUGAGGAAGAGUUAAUCAAAUUAAUAGAGCGGUUUCCAGAAUCUUUCUUUACUGUUAAAGACCAGGAGCUCCAGAAGUUCAAUGUUGAGUUCUUUCAAGAGCUGGGACUCAAGAAUGUUGUCAUUAGCAGGUUCUUGACAACUGCGUCACCUAUCUUCCAUAAUCCUGUUGGGAAGAAUAAGCAGAUGAUACAGAUUCUCCAGGAGAGUUACCUAAAUCUGGGUGGCUCGAAGGCCAACAUGAACGUUUGGUUACUGAAAUUACUGAGCCAAAAUCCAUUUAUUUUGUUAAAUUCUCCUACAGCUGUAAAGGAAACACUGGAAUUCCUCCAGCAGCUAGGUUUUACAAACUCAGAAAUUCUACAACUUCUGUCCAAACUCAAAGGUCUUCUUUUUCAGCUUUGCCCUGAAAGUAUACAGGACAGCAUUUCUUUCUCUAAAAAUACUUUCAAGUGCACAGAUGAUGACCUCAGGCAGUUGGUUUUGAAAUGCCCUGCCCUUUUAUAUUACUCUGUUUCAGUUUUAGAAGAGAGAAUUCAGGGAUUAUUAACAGAAGGAAUUUCCUUAGCUCAGAUAAGGGAGACACCUAUGGUUCUUGAGCUAACACCACAGAUAGUGCAGUACCGGAUGAGGAAACUAAAUACCUUAGGCUACAGAAUGGAAAAUGGGCAUCUAGCAAAUCUAAAAGGAACAAAACAAGAGUUUGAGUCUAACUUUGGUAAAAUUCAAGCUAAGAAAACCCGACCAUUGUUUAAUCCUGUUGCACCAUUAAAAGUUGAAGAGUGACUACUGAUGUUUUUCUAGCAAUACAAAGUGAAACUGAUCAGUAGAAACUUAAGCAAUUCAUGUAAUUUAUAAACAAUAGUAGUGUUAAGAAAAUA